AGCGUUGCGAACAGCCUAAUGUGUCAGUUCAUAUACGAGUCUCGAUGAUUUAUACAAACACUACCAUGUGGGCUUGAGUAAGUAAACAGCAAAUCAAAACAAUAUCGCUCGCAUUUGCUGCGAAGUAUUCGUUGCAGUCAACCGAAAAGUGCAGAAAUUGAGAUAAUAUCGUAAGUCUUUUUGUCCCGUACACCAUAUUUUUAGAAUAAAUGAAAGGCAUAUAGUCUUUUUUGAGUAUCUUGAAUCAGUUAGAAUUUUCACCUCAUUCAGCGAAAGGAAAUAUAGUGAUACCGAAGUGUAGAACAUUGUUUUUUCGAAAGUGAUUACGCCAUCUUUGUUUUCAAACGACCUUGAAAGUUAUUCCACGUUCAACGAAUGUAAUUAGGACGAUUAUAUAUCAAAGCGCAACAAAUAUUUCAUCAACGUUUUAUAUGAACAAGCCUUAUAUUCUUAAUUGAUGGUGCAAAAGAGAAUGCCUCCCUAGACGGCUGACGAUCGUAAAAAAUCACUAUCGGUCGUUUAAGGUUUUGUGUCGUGCACAUAGAAAAAUCGAUAUGAUAAACAGCGUUAAUAAUGAACCGCUAUCGUCUUCCGAUAUGUAUGGAAACACCGUUGGAUCGGCAAACCAGCAGCAGCAAACGGUAAUUGGUGACGGAAACAAUGGCAAUAAUAAUCUUAAGUGCUACUUCAACAAUAAUACGGCCUCCGAGAACCAAAAUUACAAUUUGAAUAGUCAUCAAACCAAAAACGCUGCUUCGUACAGAUUUACGCUGGAAAAAAAUAUAAAUUUGUACAACUUCUAUGCUAACAAUAAUAAACGUGAUACAGCCAAAGAUCUAAAAACCACAUGCAGUACCGUUAGAGAUAUUAUUGACCAAAAAGACACCACACAAAAAAAUGUUGAAGAAAAGUCUACCAUUAUCUCUACCACACUGAGUACAAAUUCUAGCAGGAACAUGAAUGACCUUCAAAACCAGCACCACAAUUAUUCUAAAUCAUAUGACCGUCUGGAGACAAAAGUUGCACCUAAUGGUAACUAUUCGUCCAAUGAGGAUGACCAUGUGCCUGAUGAUGAGCCUACAAAUCCUUCCUGCAGUUCCAAGUUCUACAUAAAGAAAGAGUUUAACAUGAAUGUUUGUGAUAAUCAAGUAUUCCAAAACACAACUCCACCAGAUCACCAUGCCCGACGUCCAAUGAAUGCUUUCUUGAUAUUCUGCAAACGUCACAGAGCAAUCGUAAGAGAUAGACACCCGAAUUUGGAGAACAGAUCGAUCACUAAAAUACUUGGUGACUGGUGGGCCAACUUAGAGAACGAGCAGAAGUCGAGCUACACAAAACUAGCCAAGCAGUACAAGGAUGCAUUUUUCACUGCUCAUCCAGAUUUCAAAUGGUAUAAGUUGCCUGCCCCUCCAUUGCGUCCUCCAGGGAUCCGACCAAUUAAAGCGGGACCGAUGAGUUUUGGGUCUGAUGUCGAGUGCAACGAUGGCCUUGUAUAUGAAGCUGUUCAAGUGAAGCUGGAAGAACACGACGAGAAAGACCAACGCACAUUUAAACCUAAGGAUGAGUUGAUUAUACCCAAUUCUGAAUACUUGUAUGAGGAACCAUUAUCAAUAGCAAAGGCGACGAGAAAGGAUUCACAGAUGGGUGUCUUCAAGUUGGCCGAGGCCGCUCAAAUGGGCAGUUUGAAUAGUUUGAUGGCAGAUUCGUAUGAUGAAACAGCCAACCAAACUGAUGCAGUUGAUGUAACAAAUCGAAUCGACACCGACAACAACAGUUCCCUAUUCGAGUGCGGUUUGCAUGUAUCCAAACGGUCAUUAAUGGAACCAUGCAUUAACAUGAAAACCCACUUUUAUUCCAAAUGUCCAAAUAACGCGAGUCGUGAAAUGGGUGCCUAUUAUAAUAAACCAUUCAAAAGAGCUUUUGAUUCGCUGCACUAUGAAUUUUACGACGAGGACUACACGAAAAAGACUGCACGCGCAUGUAAAGGGAAGCGUUACCAGCAAUUUAUGACACUGGCAAGACCCGGAAGCGCUCCCAAAAAGACUUCAAAAAGUGCCACUGUUGUUCGGGAGGACCAACAGGUUUUUGUAGCAGCAUCUCCUAAUCAUAGACAGAUGCCAGAUAAUGACAUGCAUAAUCUAAGCCUUUUUUUGGAACACAAGGAAUGUGAAAGAGAUUCACCUGGUGACGACUCAAAGUUAGGUAUUAAGCAUUUCGAUGCUUCGGACUUUGAUUUAGAUAAGAAAAUAAAUGAGCUGCCUAGUUAAAUCUCGACGAAUAUUUGGUUAAGAAAAAGGAUACAAAGAAAAAAAAGAAAAUCAACGGAAAGUUCAAAUCAUCAAUAAAGCCUCGCGUCACGGCGGUGGAACAAAAAGAAAAAAUCGUCGGCAGCCGCAAACGCAAAGCUCGUAAGGAAAGCAUUACGCGCCGUGAAGUUUCUUCGAAUGAAACUCUGGUUCCCGAAGCUGAUGCGCUAUUCGCUCUAGCAACUCUAGCUGAGGUAGCUGCUAACGAAAAUCAUAUCGACGAAAAGACAGUCUAAGUCAGAGUGGGUAGAUCACUGGUGAGAUGGUUGACGGCGUCCGUAAGGCCAGUGUAACGAUAGAUAACGAUUAAGCAAACACAUAGUUCUAAGUAAAUCUUUUCAAAUAUUUGCUAUAAGCAUUAGCGCCGUAUGCGUUUAACGCAGAGAUGCUAGGGAGCAUGUUAUAAGAGAGGAACGAUAACAUCGUUUCAAUAUAUUUUUAAAUUAGAAAUUGUUAUUAUGCUUUAUUUUUUUAUUUUUGUGCUAUAUACCGAAAGUGUACCACAAAAGAGUCGAUCAUGUUUGAUUCGUUGUUAUUCAUAUUUGAUAAACGUUGUUGCAGAAUUCAAACCUAUAUUUGUUUUAUUUUACGCAAUAGUAUUGCCUUAAAAGAUAAUGUAACCCAGAUAUUUCUUUGUUUAUUUAUGUAGGUAGAUUACGUCGACUAUUUCUAUACUUUUAUCAAUUAUGCUUUAACGAUAUUCACAACAAAAAAAAUAGUGUCAGAGCUUGGCAGAUUGUAAAAUUAUACUUUCCAUAUUUUGCUUUAUUUGAAUAAAAUAUUACUGUAUGUGCUUACGUUAAUCAAGUGAGAUGUCCAUCUGAUUUUUAUGAUUAUAUUAAACCAUAUUAUAGUUCAAAA